AUUUACCGAUUUGCACAUUUUUUUUUACAUCUCUUGUUGUCCUUUUGCAGGUAUAAACAUUUACCUCUUUAAUCGUUUUCCUGGUACAUCAUUCGGUACAAAGAGGAGAAGGUCAUCGUUCAUGUGGUUAAUAAGUAUCUGUAUAGUAGACCUGUUAAAAAGACCACAGCUGGUGUAUCUACAGUCACACAGACACCAUGGAGCUGCGUCUCUCCAUCUGCAUCCUGCUGCUGCUUUGUGCUGCAAAAAGCUCAAAUGGAGGGAAGAUUCUGGUGUGGUACAGUGAUACCAGCCACUGGAUCAAUAUGAAACCAGUACUGGAAACACUGGUGGACAGAGGACACCAGGUGACGGUCCUGGUCCCGAGCACAUCACUGUUUAUGAACAGCAGCGAACCGUCUCGCUUCCAGUACGAACCUUUUAAUGUCAACAUCUCCUUGGAUGUUGUGGAAAGAUUUAUUGAGGAGUUCUUACAUUUCAAUAUGUAUGAGAUGGACUUCAUGAACCCUGUUCAGAUUUACAUUAAAUUUAUACGUUUAAUGAAGCGCAACAUGAUGAUAAUUUUUACAUUUUUGGACGGAGUGGUGAAAUCGGAAACCAUCAUGAAGAAGCUGAGUGAAGGAAACUAUGACCUGCUCUUUGCAGAUCUGUUGUUCCUCGGCAGCGACCUGACUGCGGACAUUUUGGGCAUUCCUCUUGUCUUUUCUUUACGUUUCUCAAUAGCUAAUAACUGGGAGAGACUGUGCGGUCAGCUACCUGCUCCACCUUCUUUUGUCCCUGGUUCAAUGAGCAAACUAACGGACAAGAUGGAUUUCUCAGGGAGACUGUGGAACGUCGUCUUCUACGCUUUGCAAGACCUUGUCUUGGAAUAUGCAAUAUGGAAAGAGGCUGACAGGUAUUAUUCUGAAAUCAGAGGAACACCCACCAGUGCCUGUGAGUUGAUGGGUAAAGCUGAUAUCUGGUUGAUGAGAACCUACUGGGAUUUUGAUUUUCCUCAUCCACUCCUCCCCAACUUCAAAUGUGUUGGAGGGAUCCACUGCAAACCAGCUAAACCUUUACCAAAGGAAAUGGAAAAGUUUGUCCAGAGCUCCGGAGAUGCUGGGAUUGUUGUUUUCUCUUUAGGAUCGAUGUUAAAGAAUCUGACCACAGAGAAAGCGAACAUUAUCGCCUCAGCGCUCGCUCAGAUUCCACAGAAGGUGUUAUGGAGAUACAGAGGGAAAAUACCAGACACUCUGGGUACCAACACUAAACUUUAUGACUGGAUGCCCCAAAAUGACCUGCUUGGUCACCCUAAAACCAGAGCUUUCAUCACUCAUGGUGGAGCAAACGGGAUCUAUGAGGCCAUCUACCACGGCGUUCCCAUGGUGGGAAUCCCCACGUUCGCUGACCAGCCAGACAACAUGCUGCACCUGGAGGCCAAAGGAGCUGCAGUUGUUGUCAACUUGAACUUCAUGACAACUGAAGCCCUCAGAGAUGCAAUCAACACCGUCAUCAAUGACAAAUUAUACAAAGAAAACGUGAUGCGACUGUCCAGAAUCCACCAUGACAGACCCAUGAGUCCUCGAGACGAGGCCGUCUUCUGGAUCGAGUUCACCAUGAGGAAUAAAGGAGCCAAACACCUGAGGGUCCAGGCACAUGAACUCACCUGGUACCAGUACCACAGCCUGGACGUCCUAGCCUUCCUCCUUAUUAUAGAUCUGCUCCUCAUCUUCAUCCUCUUCAAGAGCUGCAGCUUCUGUUUCAAGAGAUGCUGUAGCAGAAAACAGACAAAGAGAAAAGCUGAAUGAAAAUAUUGAAGUGAGAGUUGUGUUUGUAGCACUUUUCUGUUUAAGAGCUAUCUUAAUUUAAAAAAAAAUUGACAUGUGUGAUCAUGACUAAUGUUUACAUUUUCUGAUAAAUAUCCAUUUGAAAUAUCAAAUACAAACAUCUUUAAAGCCAAAAAGCAUUUCACCUAAGCAUGACCAGGCCACCAUUAUGCUUAUCUGUGAGGAGAGUAUGUUCAGUAGCAAGUUUUUUUAAAAA